AUGGAUGGGGACGAGAAAGAACAGGGAAAGGUAAUUUCAAAAAUCCUUAUUGUUGGUGCAUACAGUUUGAAGAGCCUCUUUUAGUCGAGGAACCCCUUGACCUUAUCCGCCUAAGUCUUGACGAGACGGUUUAUGUGAAAAUGCGUCACAAUCGCGAACUUAUGGGCACCUUACAUGUAAGUCGUCACAUCUUUGCAAUUUAAAUCUGAGACUUGUAUUUAAUCUCAUGGAGUGCAUGGUUGGAUGCGUCUGACUAUUAUCCCUACUACCUGUAUGCAACUGGAAUUCGUAGAAUAUUCUACGAAUUCGGUGAUGCAUUUUAUGUACUAAGUUCAAAGUUAAUCGUGCACUCCGCUGUGCAGAUAACAACAUAGAUUGAGAUUUGAGAUCUCUGCUGUCAGAUGUAAGGUGGAUAGGAACGAGCACUUAAAUACCUAGGUGGCACUUAUUUUCAAGUGGUAGUUGAGUGUCAACAUCCUUUUUAGACUGAAAUUGUGGGUUUUGACUUUCCUCAACCACCUAACUAUUUCGUAGUCCAUAUCGAUGAAAACAAAAUGGACUUCUGCGGUCAUCCGGGUCUUUUAAAUAGUUCUCUUUCAUAUUACUAAUUAUUGUCUGCUUUGCGAUCGUUUGCGAGGUCUCUAACCUGGCGACGGAAGACCAAGCGAGACGUACUUCAUCCCACAGUGGGGAUAGAUCGAGGAACGCCAGUACCAUAACCAACUAUUUGCAUGCUACUUCCCCGUUUUAAACCCAAGUCAUUUUCACGUGUACGUCUGUGCUCAAAAAUCCAUCAACACCCUUAAUGUGUGCGUUUAUCCUUCCCAUGCCACAAAAUCCCUCCACAUCGGCAGAAGCGUUUGAUAUACAGAUCGUGUAUGCACGCGUCUCAAUCCAGCCAUUUCUAACAAAUUUCAAGUUUUCUUUGAUAAACGGUCUUGAGUCCGCAUUCAGCUUUCAAUCUCUACUCAAAAUUGCAGGGCAGCUGGCAGACACUGGUGCUCGCUAAUUUUACAGGCUUAUUGUAGCAUUUACUUCCAGUCAUUAAUAUCUUUCUUUUGUCCUAAAUUUCGAAAGCCCAGCCAAUAGCUGCCCCACACUCCGGAGGUUUGUUUCGCCAAACGAAUAGUACGAUGUUCCGCCUCCAUAAGGACUACUUACUGCGUUCUUUGUCUGCAGCCUGCCACACAUACCCGACUGUGUAUUUUUCGUGAGUAGACUAGAUACCGUACUUCCUAGCCGACCGACAUAAUUUGCCUAAUACAAGCACAGUCGUCUUCGAAAUUCCGACACCGUACUCUUCCCCCGCGACAUGUAAACGUUAAAGGGAUAAGAACCAUUUCGAAACGCUUUGUCACCUUUCUAGUUUAGAAAGUAGUUUUUCGCGAGAUCUCACUUCGGGCCCAAUUACUUUAGUAAUCUGUUGACGCCACAAGCCUUCGUAUUCACGUAGAUUCUGUUGGUAAACGCCUAAACGACGAAGAACUAUCUCUGGAAAUGUUAUUUCUCUUCGUGUGUGGCAAUCACAAGACAUUCCUCGCCGUUCUGCGACUACCUAGUCAGUUUUUCUACACCUCCCAAUUGGCCAACCGUUGUAUGGGUGUCUGCGUGUGCCCGGGAAACACCGAAGUUAUUCGUUGCUAUGAUGAGGGUUUAUUUACGACCGACAGCAAUUCAAUAGAACAGCCUGAGCCCGAAUGCUCGUGUUGUGAUGGUUUCUUGAAAUCCACCGGCUGCCGUAAUGUACCCGAGUCCUCACCUCGAAGCAAAUCCACCGAUGAUAUCCCGCAUACCGCUUUAGAUCCUAUUUGCGUGAGCCGGCUUUCGGUGGGAACACAUUCGAGGUGGUAAGGUCAACGUGGACACGAUGCACGAGGUGCACUGUGUUUCGAGGUCCUACCGUCCUACGCUUUCGAAUGUGGACUAAACACCUGCCAUCACUUAGGGCUACUUGACCUAGAUCUGUAUUUCUGACAACAGCAGCAGCCGAGUCGUUUAAAAGGAAUGCAAACUAUAUGAGUACAAAAUAAUGUCUGAUUGUGGGUACUGGUACGGUUCUACGGUAGUUAUGAUACUUGACUUGCGUCCCUUUUCAGCGGUCGAUAUCGUAAAAGCCAGAUCAGUUCAAUUGCUGUUUACGUUCCAGACCAGCUACCAGUACGCAGUCGCGAGAAGAUGAAAUAGUUCUAGGGAAGAAUCGGCGGCACCAGAUUAACCGGACUCAGGUACAUGUCUGACCCUUUAUCCUCAAUCUACUCCAAAUCAAGUCCCAGUUGCCUACACAAACUUAGUGACACUUCUUCCUCCUGUCCGUGCAAAAUCCUGGUGGAGAGAGAGGAAGUAGCCUGAUCAAAAGAUUUCAGUCCCAAGUCCCCGGCGAUCUCUGUGGAAGUGCUGUAUUGGUGCGCGCUCUUCGCGGCCGAUUUGACAUCUCUCCCACGCACUUAGUGUUGAGAAAGUAACUCACAACAGCUCCAUGGGAGCCAGAAAAACGUCCACUUCUCUCUUUCAUUAUAGCAGUUGCAACUCUUUAGGUCGACUUCGACACCAUAAAGGCUUCAUUGACCAAUUAUCUCCAUGUCAGGACGUCGAAUUUGCGGAGCUCCUACAAGUGAGCCAACAUAAAGGCUUCUUUCUACUGCCUUAACUCUUAACCCAAUGUAACACAGACACAGAUCCCGGGCUGAUGGAAAAGGAUAAGGGCGUAUUGGAUUGCCUGCUCGUUCCAACUACUUCACCGGCCACGCCCUGUCUCAUUCAGGGUUGGGAUUCAUUUCACUGAGCCGUGCCGACGCCUCGCGCCAGUUUUGCUGUUGUAGGAAUUUCUAGCCUGUAAAGUUGAUCGAUGCAGCAGCCUUAAAAACCAUGUUUUGUUGUGACCGCUCGCCAACACACGAAAAUAGGGUGCUCCGAAUAUGUAAAACCGUCCUCCCUUCAGUGACAUGCGCUGACAGGUUACCACACAAUUUUCAUGGGACGAGUGUUCAGACCAAUCCUUCAAAUCGGGGGCAUUAGGCCAACAAUUCGGGACGGUAUCUGCACAAAUCAACCCUCCAUUCAGGCAAGUCAGCGCAUAUGCGUUGGUCUCGCAAUACGAUGCAAUUCCUUUCUGUUCACGUACAUUUACUCCUCGCCUCCGUCUGUGGUCAAAGAACUAAGAGCUCGAUAAUUAUUCCGUCUUGUGACUACUCUGAUUGAAUACUAUGCCCAGAUCAGGCCUAAACAACGAAUAUGGUAUAAAAUGAAUACGUACAUGCGGCGACGUCACUGCUAAUCAGCCUUUCCCCUUCCAGGGCUUUGAUUCGCACCUGAACCUUAUUCUUGGUCAGGUAGAGGAGACUAUUACAACACUGGAACUCGACGAAGAAACAUACGAGGAGAUUUACAAGGUAGGCUUUGUGAUUUUUAACGCACAUUUGUGGAAACAGACGACAAAACGAAAAAUCCCCAUGCUCUUCGUACGUGGAGACGGAAUUAUCCUGGUAUCGCCUUUGCAUGCGGAGUGA